AUGUUUAGUCCACUGCAAUAUUCAUAUGCGGCGGAUGAUGAAUAUGAUACGCUCCCACCAUUGCCGCCGCAAAUGAAAGUGCCACCAAAAAAAGCUGCACAUUUACUUGAUAUACCUACGGGUAACAAUGCAUGGAGUACAGUAUUACAACAAGCAGAAAUUCGAAGACGAAAACGACGACAAACAACACCUGAACAUCCCGGCCGAGCAUUAUUUUGUUUAUCACUUGACAACAAAUUAAGACGAAAUGUUAUUAAAUUAGUUGAAUGGAAACCUUUUGAAUAUUUGGUGCUUCUUACUAUUUUUUGUAAUUGUGGUGCAUUGGCUCUUAGCAAACCAUUACCUAAUAAUGAUACGACACCGACGAAUUCAAUACUUGAGCAAAUCGAGUAUAUUUUUUUGGCCAUAUUCACUCUUGAAAGUAUUCUAAAAAUCAUUGCUUAUGGCCUAUGUCUUCAUCCAAAUGCAUAUCUAAGAAAUGGAUGGAAUUUACUCGAUUUCGUCAUUGUUGUUGUCGGAUUUCUGAGCGUUGUUUUGGUUCAAUAUAACGUACAAGGAUUUGAUGUCAAAUCUUUGCGAGCAUUUCGCGUUAUCCGACCGUUAAAACUUGUCAAUGGCGUACCGAGUCUACAAAUUGUGUUGAAUUCAAUCCUACGUGCCAUGUUACCUUUAUUACAUAUUGCUCUACUAGUACUUUUUGUCAUUACAAUCUAUGCCAUAAUUGGCUUGGAAUUAUUUUGUGGAAAAAUGCAUAUGACUUGCUACUAUAAUGGGACAUCUCUAAUGCCACGGUUGGAUGAAAUUCGACCAUGUGGUGAGAAAGGUCGAAAAUGUCCUGAAGGUCAAGAAUGUAAAGAUGUCGGCUGGGAAGGGCCUUGGUUUGGAAUAAUUAAUUUUGAUAAUUUUGGUUUGGCUAUGUUGACCGUAUUUCAAUGUAUAACCAUGGAAGGAUGGACAUCAAUUUUAUAUCGAAUGAACGAUGCCAUCGGACGUGAAUGGGCAUGGAUCUAUUUUGUAUCAUUGAUAAUAAUUGGUUCUUUUUUUGUUAUGAAUCUUGUUUUGGGUGUUCUAAGCGGUGAAUUUUCUAAAGAAAGAGAAAAAGCUAAACAAAGAGGUGACUUUCAAAAAUUGAGAGAAAUUCAAUUAAUUGACGAAUCAUUUCGAAAUUAUAUGGCAUGGAUUCGUAAAGCUGAAAUUGGAAAUGAUACCAAUGAUGGUACACAACAUGAUGCUAAUCUUGAUGCAUCCGGUGAAGCAGUUCAAAAAGAAAACAAAUUAGAAACACAUUGUAGUUGGCUUUGUGCGAAAUUACGAUAUAUUCGAACUUUUCAUGCCUAUAGUCGACGACGUAUUCAUACAAUGGUUAAAUCACAAACAUUUUACUGGAUUGUCAUUGUUCUUGUAUUGAUGAAUACAGUUGUACUCGCAAGUGAAUAUUAUGGACAGCCAGAAUGGUUAACAUAUACUCAAGAAAUAGCCAAUCGAAUCUUUGUCAUAUUAUUUUCAUUUGAAAUGCUUCUUAAAAUGUAUUCGCUUGGUGUGACUGGCUAUUUCGUGUCGAAUUUCAACCGUUUCGAUUGUUUCGUUGUUAUUGCAUCAAUUAUUGAAUUUGUUCUUAUUUAUCAAGAUUUAAUGCCACCAUUGGGUAUAUCUGUGCUCCGUUGUGUCCGUCUACUGCGUGUAUUUAAAGUUACACGCUAUUGGACUGCGCUGAGGAAUUUAGUUGCAUCGUUACUUAAUUCAAUGAAAUCUAUUGCAUCUUUACUUUUGCUAUUAUUUUUGUUCAUUGUCAUAUUUGCUCUAUUGGGCAUGCAAAUGUUCGGAGGAAAAUUCGACCGAAUAUUUGAAGUUGAAGAAAAACCAAGAAAUAAUUUCGAUUCAUUUUGGAGUGCAUUAAUUACUGUAUUUCAAAUUCUAACAGGCGAAGAUUGGAAUGAAGUUUUAUACACGGGUAUACGAGCACUCGGCGGUCUCGGGCUUGUUGGUACUGUCGUAUGUGUAUAUUUCAUUGUUCUAUUCAUUUGUGGUAAUUAUAUAUUACUGAACGUCUUCUUGGCUAUCGCUGUUGAUAACUUGGCUGAUGCUGAAAAUUUAACUGCCGCUGAAGAAGAAGAACAAAAGAAACGUGAAGAAGAAAAAUUAGAUGACAAAUCACGUAAAGAUGCCGAUGGCAAUGUAUUAGAUAAUGGUGAAAGUGAGAAACCAGAACAAGGCGAUAAUGAAGUCGGUGCAAAUCUUAAUGGAGAUGAAACCGGCGAACAAGAUGAAGAAGAACGAGUCACAGCAAGACCUCGCCGUUUAUCUGAAUUAAAUAUUGUCGAAAAAGUAAAACCAAUUCCACCCUACUCAUCAUUGUUUAUAUUUCAACAUACCAACAAAUUUCGAAUAUUUUGCCAUCGUGUUUGUAAUCAUCGUGCAUUUGGAUACAUCAUACUUGUUUGUAUUUUACUUUCGAGUAUUUCGCUUGGUGCCGAGGAUCCUGUUGAUUCAGAUUCAGUUCGAAAUAAGAUUCUCAAUACGGCUGAUUAUUUUUUUACAGCUGUUUUUACUGUUGAAAUUUGCUUAAAAGUUAUAUCCUAUGGCUUACUCUUUCACCCAGGUGCAUUUUGUCGAAAUCGUUUUAACAUUCUUGAUAUUGUUGUCGUGGCUGUCUCAUUAACAUCUAUGGUUAUUAAAGAUCGUGCAAUAUCAGUAGUGAAAAUUCUUCGAGUACUUCGUGUACUUCGUCCAUUACGUGCUAUUAAUCGUGCAAAAGGUCUUAAACAUGUUGUGCAAUGUGUUGUUGUUGCAAUAAAAACUAUCGGAAAUAUUAUGUUAGUUACUUUUCUGUUACAAUUUAUGUUUGCUUGUAUGGGUGUACAAUUAUUUAAAGGAACGUUUUACUCUUGUAAUGACAAAUCGAUGACAAAUAAAGAUGAUUGCAGAGGAUUCUAUCUAAAGAUCGAUGACGAUCACAUUUAUAAAGAAUCUAGAGAAUGGGCAAAUUCGAAAUUUCAUUUUGAUAAUGUUCCGCAAGCUUUAUUGACUCUAUUUACGGUAGCAACAUUUGAAGGAUGGCCAACUUUACUGCAUACUGCCAUUGAUUCAAAAGGUGAAGGUGAAGGCCCAGUUUAUAAUUACCGACCAUUUGUUGCUCCGUUUUUUAUUACAUUUAUUAUUGUCAUUGCAUUUUUCAUGGUGAACAUUUUCGUCGGUUUCGUCAUAGUCACAUUUCAAAAUGAAGGUGAACAAGAAUAUCGUAAUUGUGAAUUGGAUAAAAAUCAGCGCAAAUGUAUUGAAUUUGCUCUAAAAGCAAAACCAAUAAAACGUUACAUACCUGUGAAGAAAAGUCAGCUGAAAGUCUGGUGGUUUGUUACAUCUCCGCCAUUUGAAUAUGCAAUCUUUUCAUUGAUUAUGAUUAAUACAGUUGUACUUGCGAUGAAAUUUCAUAAUCAACCUGAUAGUUAUUCGAAAGCAUUGGAUUACUUAAAUAUUGUAUUUACAGCUAUUUUCGGUCUGGAAUUCAUACUUAAAAUGGCUGCAUUUCAUGUUAAGAAUUACUUCAGUGAUCCAUCAAAUUGUUGUGAUUUUAUUAUUGUUGUUGGUAGUGUCAUUGAUAUUAUCUAUACUGAUAUUAUAGCGCCUGGUACUAAUGUCAUCAGUAUUAACUUUUUUCGUCUAUUUCGUGUUAUGCGUUUGGUGAAAAUUCUAAGCCGUGGCGAAGGUAUUCGCACACUACUUUGGACAUUUAUAAAAUCAUUUCAAGCUUUGCCUUAUGUUGCUUUACUCAUUGCUAUGCUGUUCUUUAUCUAUGCUGUUAUUGGAAUGCAGAUGUUUGGUAAAAUCGCUUUGGAUGAAGAAACAUCCAUCAAUUACAAUAACAAUUUUCAAACAUUUUUUAAUUCAUUGCUUGUACUCUUCCGAUCGGCGACAGGAGAGGCCUGGCAAGAAAUUAUGUUUGACUGUGGGCCCAGCGGAGGUGCAAAAUGCGAUAGUCGAUCACGAUCUAAGAAAGAUGAAAGUUGUGGAAGUUAUUUUGCAAUUCCAUAUUUCUUAUCUUUCUAUAUACUCUGUUCAUUUUUAAUUAUCAACUUAUUCGUAGCUGUUAUUAUGGAUAAUUUUGAUUAUUUAACUCGUGAUUGGUCUAUUCUUGGACCUCAUCAUCUCGAUGAAUUUGUUCGUCUAUGGUCUGAGUAUGAUCCAGAAGCCAAAGGACGUAUCAAGCAUCUCGAUGUAAUAACGUUGUUGAGGAAAAUUUCACCACCACUCGGUUUUGGCAAACUAUGUCCUCAUAGAGUGGCUUGCAAGAGGCUGGUAUCGAUGAAUAUGCCAUUGAAUCAAGAUGGUACUGUGAUGUUCAAUGCAACACUAUUCGCUCUAAUACGAACAUCAUUGAAAAUCAAAACCGAAGGAAAUAUAGAUCAAGCUAAUGAAGAAUUACGAGCUGUCAUACGUAAAAUAUGGAAGCGGACACCGCAAAAACUACUUGAUCAGAUAAUACCACCGCCAGGUUCUGAAGAUGAUGUGACAGUUGGAAAAUUUUAUGCAACAUUUCUCAUACAAGAUUACUUUCGUCGAUUUAAAAAACGUAAAGAACAAGCCGCUAAACAAGUCCAACUUGGUUUUGCUGGUGCAAGCAAAAAUUCAGUUGCACUACAAGCUGGUCUACGACAAUUACACGAUUUGGGACCUGAAAUACGACGUGCUAUAUCAGGUGAUCUAGAUGAUGAAGAAACAUUCAAUCGAUUUUGGCGCGAAGAAGAACCACAACAUCGUCGAGAACAUUCAUUAUUUGGCACAAUGAUCGAUGCAUUUGCACGUGCUAUGCGUAAGCCACAACAAGUGCUAGGUUAUGCGCCUGGUUUAACACCUUCCUCGUCGCAGCCGCCACCUGGUACUCGUAUUAGACGUGAACCUGAUGGGCCGGUGUCAUUAAAAUUAGAUGCAGAUACUAAUCUACAUGUACCCUCACCAUUUCGCGUUGGAGCUAUUACAGCAGAUCGACGUGGUAUCGAGCCUGAUACUUAUGUAUUUCAAGUACCGGAACAUGAAGAAAGUCCACUAGGGCCAUUAACAUUAACUAGUCGUCGAGGAAAUCUUCGAGAAGAGGGUAGUUUGCGUUCUCGUGAUCCCACUGAUUCAUCCUAUGUGAAUAAUCAUCAAGCCAGUUUUCAUCGACGAUCUAUAUUAGCACGUAUAUUUGCUGCACGCAAAAAUGAUAGUCAAGAAACAGCACUAGUCAAACCUUCCACAAGUACCGAAGAAUCAAAUCAUCCACGAACAGCGACUGCAAAUCGUUCAUUGAUUGUUGAAAACGGUGAUACAAUACGCACACGGACAAUCAAUCAAACUGGAUCCCAAUACCCACAUCCCGGCACAUCUAUUACCCACCAACAUCCACCAGUAGCAUCCACACAUAUGUAUAAUACAAAUCAUGAAUAUCAAGAUCAAACAAGAACACGACCUUACGGGAUGCAAUUAAGAACUAGGGGUGAAGUAGAAGAUUUAGUGAAUGCCUGUCUUGAUACAUCGGGCAUUGAUCGUCGCUAUAGCGCAUUAAUAUUAGAAGAAUUACGUGAUUGUACAAAUUUAACUCAUGAUCAAUUGCGACAAGCUGCACAUGAAAUAACUGCACAUAUUGGCUCAAAUUCUCCUCAAUAUGCAUCAUUUACAUCAUCAGUAUAUGAUUCAGCUGCAACAAAUGUACCUUCAUCAGAUGAACGUCUAUAUGAUUCAUCUAAUUAUUAUAAAAAAGUGUGA